GGUAAUUCAAAGUUCAAACGGUCUGGUUUCUGUGAGAGGAGAAAAGAGGUUGAUAUGAGAGAUCAUGAGAAGAAUAGAAGAAGAUGCUUGGAAAGGUUUCAAGGCGUUGGUUUUGCACUGCUUCUCCUCGACCAUGGCUCUUUAUCGGCCUAGGGAACCCUGGUGAGAAAUACCAAGGAACAAGGCACAAUGUAGGGUUUGAGAUGAUCGAUGCGUUUGCAGAAUCACAAGGUAUUUUGAUGGAUAAGGUUCAGUGCAAAGCCCUCUUUGGACAAGGUUACGUUGGCAAUGUGCCGGUUCUCCUUGCAAAGCCGCAGACAUACAUGAAUUUGAGUGGUGAAUCCACUGGACCACUUGCAGCAUAUUUUAAGCUACCACUGAAUCGUGUGAUGGUGUGUUUGGAUGACAUGGAUUUGCCCUGUGGAGUGCUUCGUCUACAACCCAAUGGAGGACAUGGAAGUCAUAAUGGGCUGAAGAGUGUAAUCUAUCAUUUUCGAGGGAAUAGGGAGUUUGGUCGGCUAAGAAUUGGUAUCGGAAGACCUCCAGGGCAAAUGGAUCCCAAGGCUUUUUUGCUCCAAAAAUCAAAUGCAGGGGCCCGUUCACGAAUUGACACUGCUUUGCAAGAAGGGGUUGAUGCAUUGAAGCUCCUCUUAUCCAAAGGUUUUACGGAGAGUGCUAGAUGCUUCAACAGAGAGCAGAAAUACAAGCAUAUAAGGCUGCAGACAUUGCCAGGUUGAAAUGCAAGUUUUUAGGAAUCAUUUAUUUGAUUAUAUUAAGUGAUUCGCUUGAAUGAUGUUGAAAGCUGCAAGCAUCUUCACACAGGUUCUGGAGAGCACACACUUCAAGCGACGAAAAUAAAAGAAAAA